AGUAUCUGCUCAGCUACAAAGUGGAUCCGAGAAGUGUUUUACACCUCUGAAAGAUUGUUGACCUUGGUUUUUCAAGAAACAGUGUUAAAACGUCACUUUAAAAGGAAGACUGACGGAAUAAGAAUUUCUGCCUGGCAUUUGAUUCCCUUCAACGUCUCCUGCCCCAUACAACUCAUUCCUGGUGAUAAAUUCUGUUUCUUAAUGCUGAAGAAGCAUUUUUAUUCCAUGCUAAAUUGAGAUCUUGGAAUGCUUUAUUAUGGCAGCAGUGGUACAGCAAAAUGACUUGAUGUUUGAAUUUGCCAGUAAUGUCAUGGAGGAUGAGCAACAGCUGGGUGAUCCUUCUAUCUUUCCUGCUGUCAUUGUGGAACAUGUGCCGAGUGCUGAUCUCCUGAACAAUUAUUCUGGGUUAUCUUGUGUUGCUGAACCUAGUGACAUGAUAACUGAGAAUUCACUGGAUGUUGCUGAAGAAGAAAUUAUAGAAGAUGAUGAUAUCACCCUUACAGUUGAAGCAUCCUGCCAUAAUGGAGACGAAACAAUGCAAACCAUUGAAGCUGCUGAAGCUCUCCUCAAUAUGGAUUCCCCUGGCCCAAUGUUGGAUGAAAAAAGAUCAAUACAUGUGUUUGAAGCGGAGGAUGAAGUUGAAGGUGCUCCUAUUACUCAUGUAUCAGUCACAUUGGAUGGCAUCCCAGAGGUGGUAGAGGUUCAUCAGAUCCAAGAUGCCUUUUCUGAAUCACCUAGUACACCUGAGCAACCAAAGAAGAGAAGAGGGAAGAAACCCAAAGUUCCCCGCCCAGAAUCACCUAGUCUGACUCCAAAUAUAUCCGUGAAAAAGAAAAACAAAGAUGGGAAGGGAAACACAAUUUAUCUCUGGGAAUUCUUACUGGCACUGCUUCAGGACAAAGCUACUUGUCCUAAAUACAUUAAAUGGACUCAAAGAGAAAAGGGCAUUUUUAAAUUAGUAGAUUCCAAGGCUGUGUCAAGGUUAUGGGGAAAGCACAAAAAUAAACCGGAUAUGAACUAUGAAACAAUGGGCAGAGCUCUCAGAUAUUAUUACCAAAGAGGUAUUCUAGCCAAAGUAGAGGGGCAACGUUUGGUGUAUCAGUUCAAGGAAAUGCCAAAAGAUCUCAUCUAUAUAGAUGAUGAUGAUCCAAAUUCAAGUAUAGACUCUCCUGAUUCAUCUUUACUCUCAACCCCCGUGGCCAACAGAAAUCAAGCAGGCAAAUCCAAAGCAUCUUCAAAUACAGGGUCAAAAGGAAGUGGAUCUACUGCUAUUUUAAAGAUACCAGUCAAUGCCAAGUCUUCCAAACUUAAGCAGCCCCUGGAAACUGUUCAACAGCCCCUGCCUCCUAUGACAUCUGAAGUACUGAGGACAAUGCAGUCUACUCAGCCAGUGCAUCCAACUCAGCUUUAUCGGACAGUCCAUUUAAUGCAAUCAGUGCAACCCAUCCAGGAAGGACACACGGCUGUAACAAACAAUUUGCUGGAUGAAACACUGAAUCCUUCUGUUCAAAACAUAAGGACUAUCCAAGCCCCAGGCCAGGUUCCGGUCGUUGUGUCCCCUGGGAACCAGCAGCUGCACACUGUAACACUCCAGACAGUGCCUUUAACAACCGUGAUAGCCAGUGCAGAUCCAACAUCUUCAGCAACACCCCAGAAGUUUAUUCUACAAGCCAUCCCAUCUUCACAGCCUGUGACUGUGCUGAAAGAAAACGUCAUGCUGCAGUCUUCAAAGCCAGUCUCUCCUCCUUCCUCCAUCGUCUUUAGUCCUGCUCAGGUUCACCAAGUUCUCACCAGCAACGUGCAGACAAUUUGUAAUGGAACAGUCAAUGUGGCUUCUUCUCCGUCUUUCAGCAGCGCUACCCCUGUAGUAACUUUUACGCCCAGUGGUUCCCAAGUGGCUGCUCAACCCUCCAACACAGUGAUCACUUCAGUUAUUAAGGCACCAGAAGCGAAAACAGCUGUUAUACAAGGAACGGAAAGAUCACAAUCUGAAAAUAGUACAGGGGAAGAAGGCAAACACUCGGAACAAAAUUUCCAGCAACAGCCUUUUGUAGUUAUGGUGUCCGCUUCCAAUGGAUUUCCUUCAGCUGUACAUAUUAAACAAGAAAGUGAACAGUUAAAGCCACCAAGUCCAUAUGAGUAAAUAAGAAGGAAAUUAAUUCUAAGGUUGCUGGUUUUCCUGAAUGUGAUAGAACUUCUUCAUCAACUGUGUAUGUAACAUUUGAUUCCAAAGCAGGCAUUAUAAAGCUAUUUUUAAUUUCUGAAAUUAUAUUUUAGGAGUAAUACUGUAGAGUUGAUUUCCAGCUUUGUUAUUUCCUAAAUGAUAUAAAAUAUUAAUGUUUCAAAAUGCAAGCAUGAAGGAACAUGCAGUUUAUCUUUUGUGAUCACUGUCCAAAAAUUCUAAAUUUCUUAGAUUUCAUGUAUUAUUUGUCUGUCUUGCAUAAUAAUGUAAUCAAUGCUUGAAAGCAAUAGUUAAUUUCAGGAGGUUUUUUUUAUGCCAUUAUCUGACUCUUUUAGUAAAUUCCAAAGAUCUGUUUUAUCCAGUGUACUUAGAAUAUAUUUUGUUUUAUAUGGAUAUAAAAGAGUGGGCAAUCUGAACCUCAUUUGUCCUAUUGCAUUUUGCCCCAGUGAGGAAUCGUUUUGCAAAUAGAAGUACUUCCCUUCUAUCAAUAAGAUAUUUACCACCAUUUAUGCAUUCUAUUUACUAUAUAUUUUAUAUUUUCAUAAUGACAAUAUCUUUGAUAAACUGGCUCACCAAAACAGAAGCUAUCACUACAGGUGCAAUUAUUUUCAGACCACUUAAACCUUGAAGCAUAAAGAAAUGUGCUGUUUGUUUUCCAUUAUUUUUAUAAGGAAAUGAAAAAUAGAAGUAUAUGGGAUUUAACCCAAGUAUUUUGAGAUUAAAACGUUUCUACAAAGUACCUUUUCUAUUGUAAAUAUGUAAUUUAAUUUCUCAAAGAUUUUUUUCAUAAAAAUAUUUCCAUAGAACAAUAUUUUAUAGAUACAAAUAAGAUCAUUAUGUUUAGAGCUCUAAAGUUAUACGUAUUCAUGUAUUACAGAGUGAAUUUGUAUUUAAAAGAAAAAUUUUAAAUUGUGGGACCUUUUGAAGCUGUUUUGUCUUUUUGUAUUUUAAUUGGUUUAUCAUGAAAAUAAAUCAAGUACAACA